CUUAUUCUCUCCCUCUGCAAGUCCAAUGACUUGGAUAAUUCAAAUUCAGAGGAUCGAGCACCUAAAGGAGAAACUCGUAAGCAGGAGCUUCUUGCCAGACUUGCAAUGCUUCAAGCCCAAAAGGUCCGUCUCACUGAUUACUUGGACGAAAGAUCAGCAUACCUGACCCAGUUUGCUGAAGAAGCCAAUGCUGAAAUUGACCAGAUAGGAGAAAAUGCCCUGAGUGAAUUGGACGAAGCCGGUGCCAGGAUAAUGGAAAAUAUAGAGAGCCAGAUGCAAGCCUUUGAAGAAUCUGCGGAGAUGAAGAAAUUAGAGAUUGAGAAGAACGAACAAACAGUAACAGACUUUGAAGACCAAAUUGAAAGAGAGAGAAAUGAAAGGUUAUUAUUCAAAAACUUGAAGGCAAAAACACCAAUUGAAGUAGAGAAAGACAAGGAAGAGGCAGAGAAAAUCAGGGAGCUUACCAAAAAAAAUUCAGGUUCAGUAACUAGAAGGACAAUUUACCAUGCACUGAUUGGCGUAGUAAUCAUUGGCAUACUUUGAAGGUUGCAGUUCUCGCGAGAUUUAGUCAGUUUGCUUUCUCAACUCAUCUACAAGCAGAAUAUGUUAUCAGAAACAGAGAGAAUAGAGCGACAGAAUAACAAAGAAAAGAAUGAGUGAAGUGCACUUUUCUCCUGUUGAACGAUCUUACCAUAAAUGCAGCGUAUAUAGCCCCAAAUACGAUAUCAAGAAACCUUGCUUUUCAAUUGGCCUCUAUGUUUGGUGAUACCAACUCAGUCGCCGAAACCCACUUUGUAACUGAUGCUUUAUUGGAAUUAUUGUCCACAGGAUAUCAAUGUAAAAUAGAAGGAAAAAAUAAUUUAAGUUGUAACCUUCUGCAUUUUCAUGACUCGUCAGGAAUGUGAUCUAGAAGGAAGUAAAACGCCAAACAAAAUGAAGCUUUUGAGGUUCCUAAGUCUUGUUACUCUAAACAGAGAACUUCUCACCGAAUACGAUGUAGCAUGAAUUAUAACUCCAAAUAAAAUAUUAUUACCUGGGGCUGAUAUGUCAGGCUAACCUCCCUUUUGCAUCAAACGUUUGUUUGGUGACACCACUAUGAUCACCAAAGCCAUGCAAUGUUUGAUGCUUAACAACAUUUCAUCCAUACACAUGAUUAGGAAAACAGGAGAGAGCACAACUAUUUUUGAAGAAUGGAAUUUUGUCGCGACUAGAUUAAGCCCUGUUUGAGCCCCAUUUUUUAAAAAUUCAUUUUUUCCCAAACUCAUUUUCAACCACAUAUUCUCCCGAUACAAUAAUUUACAUGUAAACCCAAAAUUUUUCCAUACUUAUUAACCACAUAUUCUCCAAAAAAAUUACUAUUACAAAAUCUAUUCUACUGAAAAAUGGAGCUCAAAAAUAGUGUAAAUAGACAUACUACCACAUUUCUAGCUCACAGUAAGCAUGCCAUCUUAAUCAAAGUGAAAAGAAAAGAACUGUUUGGAUAUUCUAGAAUUGAUACAGGAUUGCUGACAGCUUUGCAUCCAAGUUAA